AUGGAUCCCUUCACCUCCUUUCCAUAUGAUGAUGACGUCCUCUACUGGAAUGGAAGCCAGCCCGUGGGCCUUUCCUCAAAUACUGCCCACAUCUCAUGGGUGAUGAAAAUGUUUUCCAUGGCAAUUUCCAGCAUCACUUUGCUUCUGGGGACCACAGGCAAUGGACUAGUUAUCUUCCUCACUGGUUUCCGCAUGAAGAAGACGGUUACCACCAUAUGGUAUCUCAACUUGGCUGUGGCUGAUUUCAUUUUCGCCAUCUGCCUCUCAUCUGACAUAACCUACGAGGCCCUGAAUCACUGGACUCUAGGAAGGCUGAUGUGCAAACUUGACACUGUGGUGCCCUUCCUCAACAUGUUUGCCAGCGUCUUCUUCUUGACCGCCAUCAGCGCUGACCGUUGCAUUUCUGUGGUGCAUCCAGUCUUGGCCUUGAACCACCGUACGCUCUGGCGGGCUUCCCUCAUGGCUGUAUUCAUCUGGACAAUGGCCUUGGUUCUCAGCUCCCCCUACUUCAGUUUCCGUGACACAGAACGCUCCUUCGAUGAUGUAAUACUGUGCACCUACAACUUUGGUUCCGACGAUGCUAGUCAGCUAACGACGCACCGUUCCAUGGUGGCUACUGAAUUUGUGCUUGGUUUUCUCAUCCCCUUCAGUGUCAUUCUGGCCUGCUACUGUGCCAUUGUUGUUAAACUAAAAGGCAAGAUCUUUGGUCGAUUUGGAAGGUCCUUCAAAAUCAUAGUGGCAGUAGUGGUGGCCUUCUUCUGCUGCUGGUUCCCCUUCCACCUCUUCUCCAUUCUCGAAAUGUUGGAUGACAGCCUGGAAAUGAAAGACAUCCUUGAUAUAGGUUUCCCAUUGGCUAAAAGCCUGAUCUGCCUCAACAGCUGCCUCAAUCCCCUUUUAUAUGCCUUCAUGGGGCCAGAUUGCCGAAUGACGAAUUGGCAAUCCCUCUUGUCAGCCUUCAAAGGGGCGUUCAGUGAGAACUGGGCCACAGCCUCUUUUUCCAGCCACAGAAACUCCAGUUCCACUUCGGGAAUGGAGUCCAGCAUGGUUUGA